ACAGAUUCUUCCAACCGGAACGAGGACUGCUUCAAGAAGCGGCGGCACCGCGAAGGCACUUCUUGAUGCUCAUAUUGUAACGUAAGCCGAAAAACCUACGGAGGGUGGUUGGUAGAGAGGAUCACUCUCGGGUCUUUAACGAGCCCUCGUAGAUCGCUUCGUGCGGUAGCGGGUGAUGGCGGUGUGGGGCGGCGCGUCGGAGAGCGAUCUCAAGGCGGCGGGGGCGGAAGCGCUUCCGGAUGGGCCGAGCGGCGUUCGUCUCAGAGGCUGGCACAUCGAGUCCUCCAGGCAGCCCAUUCUUAACUCCCUCGCCCUCCAAGAGUGGGAAGAAAAACUUGGGACAUCACACUUGCCUGAGAUGGUUUUUGGGGAGAGUUCUUUAUAUCUUUUACAUGAGGAUAGCGGUCUUAAGUUGCACUUCAAUGCAUUUGAUGCUCUGAAGGGUUGGAAACAGGAACCAUUGCCACCAGUUGAAGUUCCUGCAGCAGCAAAAUGGAAAUUUAGGAGUAAACCUUUUCAGCAAGUGAUACUUGAUUAUGACUAUACAUUCACAACACCAUAUUGUGGCAGUGAGGCAAUAGAACCAAAUCCAGAAAAGGCAAUUUCAGAAGAUGGGUGCUGUAGCCUGUGCUGGGAGGACUGUGAUGAACGAAUUGAUCUGGCUGCACUGUCCUCAAAAGAACCAAUUCUCUUCUAUGAUGAGGUCGUUCUAUAUGAAGAUGAGUUGGCUGACAAUGGAGUAUCACUCUUAACUGUCAAAGUGAGGGUGAUGCCAAGUUGCUGGUUUCUUCUACUUCGGUUCUGGCUCAGAGUUGAUGGAGUACUAAUGAGAUUGAGGGAUACUCGAGUUUAUUGUGCAUUUGUAAGUGACCAUAAAGCCAUACCUGUCAUUCUUCGUGAGAGCUGCUGGAGAGAAGCAACAAUCCAGAGUUUGUCAGCUAAAGGUUUUCCUUCUGAUUCCGCAUCAUAUGGAGAUCCAAAUCUUAUCAGUCAGAGGCUCCCUGUCAUUGCACAUAAGACUCAAAGGCUGAAAGUUUCCAGGUGUCCCGAGAAAAGCCCAUUUCACCGUGCUGCAUGAUAGGCUCGUGCACAGACAUCAAACUGAGUGGAGAUGCCAUGACGUUAUUAAUGUUAUUUUUUCAUGUUAGGUCCCCGCCUGAGUACUGAUAAUGUUGAUAAAGGUUUCCUUGCAGUGGAUGCUGCUUUAACUUUUUUUUUUUUUGGGUUGUGUGUGUGUGUGUGUGUAGUAUCUAACAUCUUCUUGUGGAUUGAUGUUUGAGUAGUGCUUUAAGAACCACUUGCACUGUGCUGGUAGAAUCUUGUUCCCACAUAAAUAUGACAGAAGAUAAUGAGGAGCUCAGUUUCCCAGUA